UUCACACCUUUCCGACGAGAUAAAACAAUCACGCGCAAGGUGUACUGUCUCAAACAGAAUACCGAGAAGAGCAACAGUCGGUAGUCGAACCACACUAGAACCGGACAGAAAAAAACAACUGAAAACCUGUCAGACCAUUGGACAAGUGAACUCGAACCGAGCCUGAGAGAAAACGGGACCUUUGUUUUUAGAAGCAGCAGGGAGCCCAACCGGAGGAAAGAUGAGUUUUCUGCCCUACUUCUCUGCUGAGACCUGGACACUCCUGGCCCUCCUCAUCACCCUCAUAGUGGUGUAUGGAUACUGGCCCUAUGGUGUAUUCACUAAGAUGGGGAUCCCUGGACCCAAACCCCUACCUUACUUUGGCACAAUGAUGGAGUAUAAAAAGGGUUUCACUAACUUUGACACAGAGUGCUUUCAGAAGUACGGGAGAAUCUGGGGGAUCUAUGAUGGGAGGCAGCCUGUUCUGUGUAUCAUGGACAAAAGCAUGAUCAAGACCAUCCUGAUUAAAGAGUGUUAUAGCAUCUUCACCAACCGCAGGAACUUCCGUCUGAACGGAGAGCUGUUUGAUGCGUUGUCCGUUGCCGAGGACGAUACAUGGAGACGGAUCCGCAGUGUCCUCUCUCCUUCCUUUACCUCUGGACGACUAAAAGAGAUGUUUGGUAUCAUGAAGCAGCACUCCUCUACCCUGCUGAAUGGAAUGAAGAAGCAGGCAGAUAAAGACCAGGCCAUCGAACUGAAGGAGUGAGUCCUGACCUCUGACCCCUAACCUCUGACUUUUCACCUUACACCUCUGAGUCUUGAUUGUAAUACACACACACAAAGUAUUCACAUUUUGUGUU